CUUAGAGUUGUAGAGAGAGCUCCAUUCAUUAUUGUUCUUGAAUUUGUUGAUGAAGAAUUCAAAGUCCAUCCCAGAUCGGCACUAUCGUCUCCAACGGUGACGCCUCCUCCCUCUAAUAUAUAUGGAUAUCGGUUCCUAUUUGAUUCAACUUCUGAGCCAUAUGCUUCAACCAUUAUUGAUCCAGGUGUGAAGCUUAAUAGGUCCAAUCCUAAGACAAGCUCAUCUCAGGAGGAAGCUGGUAAUGGCCUUGCUCUUGCAUCCUCACAUCGA